AUGUCUCAAUCCAAAGGUGUCGCCCUCAUAACCGGUUCAGCACAAGGAAUCGGCCGUGCGAUAGCGAUCAGAUUAGCCCAAGACGGCUUUGAUUUAGCGCUCAAUGAUCUGCCCGGAAAGAAGGAAGUAUUGGAAGACUUCGCAGCCGAACUUCGGCGAGGCGGAGAAUCAGAGAGCUCCUACCAUCCUAGAACAUGCAUUGUGACUUGCGAUGUCAGUAAAGAAGACGAGGUGAAGAGCAUGAUUGAUACCGCAGUCGACGCUCUAGGGAGCUUGGACGUCAUGAUCGCGAAUGCUGGAAUUAGUGGCAUGGUAGAUCUCUUGAGUGAAACUCUAGAAGGCUGGGACCGCAUGAUGAAAAUCAACGGCACCUCUGCAUUCCUGUGCUAUAAAUACGCCGCAAUCCAGAUGGUGAAACAGGGACGUGGCGGCCGCAUCAUCGGUGCCAGCUCCAUGCCACAGUCCCCUUUGAUGUCCUACAGUGCAAGUAAAUUUGCUGUUAGAGCCAUAACGCAAGCGGCUGCGCUGCAACUCGGACAAUACGGAAUCACGGUCAAUUCCUAUGCUCCGGGAAUCAUAGCGACACCCAUGGUUGUCGCAUCAAAGUCCCAAAUUGCAAAGCGAGGCGACAAGGUUGACUACUUCCAAAAGUCGGGUACAGUCGGACAACCGGAAGAUGUUGCCAGCGCCGUUGCAUACCUCACUUCCAAGGAGGCCCAUUUCAUCACAGGCAAGUCUCCAUCUCACGAGGGCUGUGUGUGA